AUGGAGGCUGUUGAGUGGGUAGAUUUGUUGUUGGCUAAAGAAUUGCAAUGGAAACCUGAUGGUCUUGAUGUAUGCAAACUCUACCACUGGUGCACCAAGAUCAGAUUUGAAUGCCCAUUAAAACCAAGCAGCAGGAGGAACAAGGCCACCAACCAAGAAGAGCUGAUGCCUGCUGAGGCUCCGGGCUAUGUGCUGUCCCAAGAUGAUCCAUAUCCCUCACAGCCUGCUGUUCCAAGAUUAUACCGCUUGCCUCCAGAUGGUGGCUCUGUGCCAGCUGGGGGUGUGGGUCAGCAACUGGCUGAGGAUAGUGUACCUGUGCCACCACCUUACCUGCCACAGCCAGAGGACCUGCCAGAACCACAGCUGGUACCAACCACUGCAUGGCGCUCAGAGCCUGAAUGGCGUGCACACAACUCACGGAUCAUGUCAGCUGCUGCUGCUGCCGUGCACACUGCCAACCUGUCGGACACGGCGACGCGCCAGUGCAUGGAGCGGUCGGCGGCGACGACGGACGCGUCGCAGCGGGCGUCCACGGAGCAGCUGCGGGCGCGCGCGCACUCGCUGCACUGCGCGCUGGGCGAGCUGUCGCGCGCGGCCGAUGCGGCGGCCGGCGAGCUGUCGCAGCUGCUGGCGACGCGCCGCCGCCUGCGCGCCGCCCUCGACGCCCUGCGGCUGCCCGCCUGCAUCGUCGCCGAGUGCCUCGACCGCCGCAGGGACCGGCCCGGCGCCGAGCUCGUCGCCGACUGCGCCGACCGCGAGCUGCGCAAGGAGCAGGCGAUGCUGUCGGAGGCAGCAGCCGAGGAGCAGCGCCUGCUGGAGCAGCUGGAGAGCCAGAAGGCGUCCGUGAUGGCGGCCAAGGCGCGCCUGGAAGCGGACUGGAGCGACAAGCGGCAGGCGCACCACAUCGAGGCGGCCAACGUGGCGCUGCGCAACGCCUCGCGGGACCUCUUCUGGCGGCCGGGCGCCGUGCGCGAGCCUAUGGGGCAGACGGACGAGGCGUCGUGGGCGGCGAUGACGCGGGAGAACGUGUCGGUGGCGGCGGCCGAGGUGCGCCGCUCCGAGGAGCUGCGGGGGCGCGUGGACGCGACGCUGGCCGCCGUCAGCCGCGCGCUGCGCUCGCAGGCCGACGCCGCCGACGCCGCGCUGGCCGAGCGCGCCGCGCACACCGACCAGUGCGCCAGGGACAUGCAGGCCGACCUGCUGCAGGUGCUGGAGCGGACGGCGGCCACGGAGCAGCAGAUCGCGGACGUGAAGCAGGCGCUGCGCAACCACGAGGUAGCGCUGCGGAAGGUGCAGACGCGCCUGCAUGCACGCCUCGCCAGGCCCGGCGCCGAGAACUGCCGUGACGCGCCGCAGGCCGCGCUGCUGGAGGAGGCGCGGCAGGUGCAGGAGAACGUGGGGUCGCAGCAGGUGGAGCUGCGCCGGGCGCAGGCGGCCCUGGCGGCGCUGGUGGCGCGCCGGGCCGGCCUCGAGCACGAGAUCGCCUGCAAGCAGCGCGCGCUCGCCGUGGACCGCCGCUGCCGCGCCCUGCGCGCCGACUACCCCUCCACCACCGCCCUGGCCGGCUACUGA